CCCCGACCCCGUCAUGCCGACGAGGAUGAUGAACCCGGCAUCCUCCCUAGACGGCACGUGUCAGCUGGUCCGCGACAGCCAUUUCGUUGUGUGGCUUUGAGUCCGUGUCCGUGUCCGUGUUAGAAUGUUCAACUGACAUGGUAAGUUGCAACUCUCGCGGUGCUGCGAUCCAGGCAAAGCGCGUCAAAGAAGCCGAAAAAGGGGUCUGGCCCAGGCAAUCGAAUCGAAUCCAGGCGGCACAACGAAAUGGCCCGUCAAAACUCGCUGGGCCUUUGUUUAAGACGCUGUCGUCUUCCAGUGCCAAUGGCUCUUUGUUCCAGCCCUGUUUUGCGAUUGGGCCAAUGAGGCUCGCGCACCUUUCAGAUCCAGCGCCUAGCCAGCUAGUUCUAGCUCGGCAUCGGGUACCAGCUGGCUCUGGCUCGGCAUCGGGUAGAAACGGUCGAGGCAUAAGGCGUCGACGCCCCGCGCCCGCCAAAUCAACACGCGCGUCGUGUCGAAGCUGGGCAGCCACCCUUUGGGGCAAAAUGGCACCUCCAUCUGACAGCACGGCCUCGGCGGUGACGAGACGGGCCCGUUGGGUUUUGGCGUUUGCCGUGGAAACGCUUCGUUGGAUCCAGCUGGACGACAAGAACCGCCGCGGCCUUUGUCGGCGCCUGCCUGAUGGUUCUCUGGCACCGCAGAAAGAGCCCUGGAAGGCGCAGCUGCACGUCGAUUUGUUCCGGCGCUGGCAUGGCAGCGUCUUUGUGGUGGUCGUGCGUGCUGGCCGACAUGGGCACUAACAGGCCGGGAUGAACAACAGGCCGGGGUGAACAACAGGCCGAGAUAAACAUGGCGCAACCACAACAACGGCCCAAACCCGCGCUGGGUAUAACUAAGGGCGGUUGGAUUCUUGUUCCGGGUGCCUCUCCCACCGACUGUCCAGGCGCGCACUCAGAAAAUCCCGAAGGGUUCCAGCGCUUCCACCAUUCG